AAUAAAUAUUUGUUCCAAUUAAUUUGCGUAGAUAUUCGAAUUAGUAAAUAUGCCAAACUAAACUGAAAAUAUUUCGGAAACGACAAUGAAGAACACUUGUCAUUAGGAAGUGCUCUAAACUAAGAUGGUGACACCAAAUUUAACCCUCUUACUACGCAGAAGUUUAAUCUCGAUCAGCUAUCGUUCUAUGUCGAACAAAAUGCCUGGACAAUUAGAAGAGAUUCAAGCUAAACGCGCUACAUUUGGAAUGGGAUGCUUUUGGGCAGGUGAUUGUCUGUUUGGUGUUUUACCCGGUGUCAUCAAAACCUGCGUAGGAUAUGCCGGUGGACAAAAGGAAUCGCCUACUUAUAGAAGCAUCGGAGAUCAUACCGAAGUCGUUGAUAUAGAGUACAAUCCAGAUGUGAUAUCUUAUGCAGAACUGCUCUCUCUGUUUUGGCAAAACCACGAAUAUGGUCUGACUACAAAAAUCAAGAGACAGUACAUGUCUCUGAUUUUGUACCACGACGAGGAACAGAAACUGCUGGCUGAAAAGUCACGGGAGCAUGAGCAACGAAAACGUACAGAUAUGAUUUAUACAGAAGUUCGAAAAUUUGAAAGGUUUUAUCCGGCCGAAGAUUAUCAUCAAAAGUAUCGACUUCGAAAUCAUCCAUGGUUGUUGGAAACUACUGGUCUCACCAGCGACGAAAUUCUUCGAAAUUCACCAUUAGCCGCGAAGUUAAAUGGUUACAUAGCAGGUGCUGGAACGUUGGAUCAAUUUAAGAAUGAUCUACCAAAGCUUGGAUUAAGCGAGAAGGCUGCACAGUAUUUACAGAAAUACAUAGUUGAUAAUCAAGGAAACGGUUUAUAUUGCUAGCUAAUUUUAUCACUUAUGAAUAACUGGGAAUUGUUCGUAUACAGUGAAUAUGAAUUGCGCGCUAUUUCUUCGUAAGGAAGGAAUAUCGGUCUCACAAAAGGCUUGUUUAUGUGAUCGAGUACCGGCACUACAUUUUAAGCAAUGUGAACAAGUCUUUAGUACGAUUUUAGAUAACAAUUUACGUGCGACAAGUAUCUUUAGUAUUAUAUUUCUCUUUUUGCGUUGCUUCUGUCGUAUAGCCGUACACGAAGAGGAUUAUCCAUUAUAAUAUUUUCUGUAGGUAACGAAUUUAUGAUAUAAUCAUUUGUUUGCGCUCUGUGGUAUCGGUAUUUUAUUUUCAAAAAGGAAUUAAAACGAAGUUUGCAAUAAGAUAGGCUGUGAAAGAUACAUAUGUAUAUAUAACUCUUUUUGCAAUAAUUUCUUUGAUCGCUCCGUACAUUCUGAAGUUUCAUAACGUUAUCGCGAUGGCGUUUAUCAUGGAAAAAGAAAAUGAAGUAUACAGUUAGAUUAAAAAUUGUAACUUUUCGCAAUUCACUUUAAAAAUUCCUUCUCUAUAUUGUAUUUUUUCCAAAACUAACAGUAUAAUUAUACACAAAAAAUAUUAAGUAUUUAUCAUUGACAGUUUUAUUUGGUUUUAAGGAAUAAAAAAAUGAUAUGUAUAAUUUAGGACAACUGCGUUAACAGAUGCGCACGCGUAUAUGUAUAUUCUUAUGGCCAUUUAAAGUAUUCGUGUUAAAUAUUCUUUUAAUUUGUUUAUAUGCUUCGUUUCUUUUUUAUAUUUACAUGAAAUUAAAUAUCAUAGGUUAAUGAAAAAAU